AUGGAGAUUUCAGAGCUCAAAACUGAUGCUCUUUACCUAGAGCAAAGUGGAAUGCUGUGCUAUACUCCGACUAUGGGAAUGCCAACUGGCUUUGAGCUAUCUCGCUUUGGAUAUCCACCGAAUUUUCCGAUUCCAGAGCCGAUUUCAACCGCAAAUUCUUCGGUUAGAAUUGAUGGAAGCCCGCCACCGAGUAUCAACGACAGCUUUUCGUCGGGUUUUUCGCAUGAUUCUUCUCCAGACACAGUCCAGCUGAACCAUUACGUCUCUCCCGAAAUUUCUGCUUUUGACCAAAUCGAACCUUCCUGGGCACGCGAAUACUCCUCCCCUAAGAUCGAGCCCGACUACGGCCCCUCCUCACAUCCGGACUCAACGGUGGCCCAGUUGGUCGUCUGUGCUUUGUUUGCAACGAUUCUGCAAGUGGUCAGCACUAUGGUUCCGAGCUGCGAAGCAUGCAAAGCGUUCUUCAAGAGAACAGUUCAAGGAGCGAUUGACUACACAUGUCCUUCGAAUAAUGAUUGUCCGAUAACAAAGAGGAGAAGAAAAGCUUGCCAAGCAUGCAGAUUUCAAAAAUGCAUUCGAGUUGGGAUGCUUCGAGAAGGAGUACGCCUUGAUCGAGUUCGUGGAGGUCGACAGAAAUAUCGAAGAACAGUUGGCGAUGCAGCUGCUUGUACCACUUCUACUGUUUCCCAAAGACCGAUGGAACUUCAGCAGAUCGUGGCUCAACUUUUGCAAGCAGAAAGAAAAGUCGCGCCUACUUUCAAGCCUUUGCAACUCGACGUGACAGGCGGAUGUGUCAAUAGAUUUGCCUCUGGCGUGAGGGAUCGUCUUCUGAAUCUCAUUUCUUGGGCAAAAAAUGUCCCCGGAUUCUGCGAAAUGGCACUUCCGACGCAAACAACAGUCCUCCGAAACGGCUGGCUCGAUGCUUUGGCGCUCGACUUUGCUUUCUACUCUCAACCUUCUUCAUCCCAAUUUUCAAAUCAGUAUCGAAUAGUUGUCUCGAAGGACUUUAUCUUCUCGAAAGAAACAUGCAAAACCCUCGGAAUCGAAAAAUUUCACGAAGUCAUGAAGAAACUCUUACUGUCGCUUUCGGCAGUGAAGCUCAGUAGUAGCGAAUUCGUCCUCCUCAAGGCAUUGUUUCUGUUUGGAACUCUCGAACCAAUCGACUCAAAAGCAAAAAUGCUCGCCAACAAAGUCACCCGCCUGUUCUCCGAAUACUGUAACAGUGGAGCUUCGGACGAUGAUAAUCGCCUUGGAAGCCUUAUGGUUCUGUCGUCUUACGUCAGAGAACUGGCGCUAAAUGUUAAGGAUCUCCUGCUCAUGGCACCUUCUGUCGAUCCUCUUGUAAAUGAGCUUCUUCGUGGAACCAAUGAAAAUCUAGAAGCUUGA